AUGGAUUUAACUCCAAGAAUUAUUUAUAAAAAUUACGUUUUCAGUGAUAACCCAAAUCACUACGGGAAUUCUGUUGCCCAACAACAACAACAACAACAACAACAACCUCAAUUUCCAAUUAAUGUAAGCUAUUUACCAUUUCCUAAUGUACCAAUAAUAGCCUACGGCAAUUCUCCAGCUGCAGGUCCAGCUAUGACACCAUCAUCAUCAUCAUCUUCGUCAACAACAACAACAAGUAAUAAUGCACCUGGUGUGUAUUCAAAUUAUUAUCAGCCAACAAUUUCUGCUGCGUCUUCUCCACCAUAUCAAUUUCAAGCUAAUAUUCUUCAAACGAAAUUUUAUGAUACUCAACAAAUUCAUAAUAAUAAUAAUAUUAAUUCAAAUAUUUCACGUGUAAGUUCUAACCCAAAUUUUAAGUUGCCACCAAUCUCCAGCAUUAUGGGGUCAAAUAAUAAUAACGCUAACAACAAUAAGAACGAAUUAGUUGCAGGUACUCCAACUAAUGAUAGAGUAGUGACUGGUCACACUCUAGAGAAUACUCGUAGUAGUUAUUCAUCAAGUAAUUCAUCUCCAAUAACACCAAGAAGUAACAUGAUGGUAAUGAUGGGCAAUCCUUUAAUGGUUCCUAAUAUGGUAACUCCAAUCUAUCAAGAUAUGUCAGGUACUACUACAGUUACUGCUGCUACAACGGUACCACCUUCAACAGGUUCUUUGACUCCUCCAGUUUUAGUUUCCCGUUCUCCUGUUUCCAGUAACAACAAUAAUGUGCCUUCAAAGAUUGACAGUGACGCUAUUAUAUCAACUACCACAACCAAAAUUGUUUCCAAAAUUAAUGAUUCGAAACCUGAAAGAAAAUCAAGAAGAAAGAAGUUUGUUUGUGAUGGUAUCGGUAAACAUCUAAGCCCCGAGAUUAGACAAAAGAAACAAUGCCCAGUUUGCGGGAAAAAAUGUUCUAGACCUUCCACAUUAAAGACUCACUAUUUGAUCCACACAGGUGAUAAUCCAUUUUGUUGUACCAGACCAGGCUGCACUAAAAGUUUUAACGUGAAGAGUAACUUACAGAGACACAUCAGAAGUCACGACAGAAAACUUUCAAAGACAAUGGUUCAACCUGCACAGAUUCCAAUGCAGCUACCACAUCAACCACUGUACUGA